AAUGUUACCAAGAAAGUUAAAGAUGCAAUUCACGAUGCUGUUAAUGCUCUUCGGGAUAUUCCAAAAGUACAUGCAAAUAUCACAUCAUUAACAUCUGAGGAAAAUGCUUUCGAAGGAAUAGAAAUUGAGCUUGAAGAUGAAGAACCAGCAGAAGCUGCUUGGAAAAAGAUCGAAAUCAUGAAAGCACGUUUCAACAAUAUGCUCCGUACAAUAACUGAUAUACUUUGUAACGAAAUAUACAACGAUUUGUGGAGUUGCUUUGAUCAACUUUUAAGCAAACAGAUGAAAAAUUCAAAUAUUAUUGAUACAAUUUGUGAAACGAUACGAGAUUAUGAAGUUGAUUACAAACAUCUUACAAGAACUAUACAUGAAGAAGUACUUCGCUGUAUAAAAUUCAAAAUUAAUUUAUACAAUGAAAUCUUUCUGCAUAAAGUUAAUACGACAAAAAUCUUGAAAAUGACUAUGGAACUUGAACUAUCAAGAACUGUAACUCAAUAUCGAAAACGCUGCAUAAUUGCAAAAUGUUUACAUAAUGAUGCUACAGCAAUCAAUCUUACUUUUCAUUCUAUCUUUGAAAAACUUAAUCCAAACUGUGAGACAAAAAACUUAACAAACUUGCUUUGUUCAAUCGCUGAAUUUAUUGCACUUCGAGAUCGUGAUAUGCUCUCUUUGGAAAUAGUUUCAAUAUUACGGAAAUAUCCAGAAAUGACGCAGGAAUUUCUUUUUGCACUUAUUGAUAUUCGUGAUGAUGUUACAAGCAGUGAAUCACGAGCUUUAACUGAAGAUUGUUUGAAAAUGGUUGACAACAAAAAAUGUGACCCAACUUUAACACGCUUAUUCCAAGUCACCAAAGGUGAACGGAAAACGUCACAAAUCAUCAGGGACGUUGUGCCAAGAUUACGACGUCGAGUCCGAGCAUCUAUUGCUGAACAGUAA